UAUUUAUUUAUAUUUUGAAAAUGGUUGCUUUUCGAUAUUGGAAGAAAGAAAGACUCCGUAAAAAUUUACUAUGAGUUUAUUGUGGAAGGUAGCAACUUCUCCUACGAUAGAAGAAGAGGUGAGGGAGAGUUUUACGAAAAAAUCUUUAACGGAUCAACUAGGACAAGCUAUACGUAAUUUACAACAGGAAAAUAUAGAAAACAAUGCCCCUGUUAUUGGAGGAGAUAAUAUCGUUCGAGUUUGCAAUUGUCUCGAAGCGAUCUUCAUUCAUGGUUUAAAAGAUCGAUUAGUCAGUAAAGUAUCGGCUGUCUUUUCAAAUAAUUACGAUAAAAUGCCAGAACCUAAUUUCUGGCCUGUAAUCACUAUAUAUAGUCACAAGGACGUUUUAUCACAAAUAAAUCAUUUAACUCAAGUAAAUACAGAUGUUGGUAGAUGCAGAGCUUGGUUAAGAUUAGCCCUUAAUGAUGGUCUUAUUACUAGUUACAUCGAAGCGAUGAUCCAAGAUAAGCCUACCCUGCAGUAUUAUUACCGUUCGACGGCGUACUUACAAGAUCCCGAACAGCCCGACAUCAUGAAGACUUACCUCGACGGACUUUCCAUUUUCGAUUUUCAACUGACGUAUAAUUGCGUGAUGUUAAAUACUUGGUCUCCGGUUCCGUUGAUGAUGUCCGGAAUUUGGAUGCCGCCGCCCGGACCCGAACCCGUAAUGCCCGCGAUGGAUGUUGUGCACUUUUUCUCGCAAGAAUAUAAGCCAAAAACUAAGAAAAUAGUCGAAAAUGUAGAACAAAAAGUAAGUGACUCAAAAGAUAGUCAGAUUAAAGAAUCUGUCUCUUCUGACGAUAAAGAACAGCAAGAUAGUUUGGAAGUUCCAACAAAAGAAUAUAACAGUAAACAAUGUAAAAUUAAAAAUGAUAUUACUUCGGAUAGUUACGAAGCCGGCUCUUGUUCAAAUGAUAUUGAAGAUAUUUUAGUUUACGAACCUGCAGCUUCACCAAAUUCGGUUCCGGAUUUAGAUUUGGGGUUUGGCGAAACUACGUCGGAUUCUGUUUCUUUAGAAGACACUCUAGGAAACAGGAUAUCUCGACAAGGCUGGUCGUCGUCAUUUGAUCAAGAAGAGAAUGCCGAAAAAAAGGACUCCGAUAAUUCCGAUAGUCAGAGCUACGAUUCGUUAUUACAGAGUUAUAACAGAAAUCGAAACAAACCUGUCGUUGGUACACCAGAAAUUGCUGAAUUUAUGACUUCUGUUAAAAUAAGUGAUGAGGCAGAUGUAUUAGAUCAAGAAAGUAAAAAGCCUUCUUCUGUUCAGAGUAAAGAAUUAUCAUUAGAAGCACUAGAAUAUGAAGUUAUACCAAAAACUUAUGUCUAUACUUCAGAAAAUACAGAUGAAUUUACAAAAAAUCUUCUCUCGGUGUUAGGUAAAAUCUGUCCGGAAAAAGGUCAAGAUCAACAAAAUUAUAAAUGUCAUAAUUGUGAAUGUCCUCUUGGAAUGAUUUAUGGUGAAGCCAAAAUUUGUUCUUAUGAUGGCUACAAUUAUUGCUCGGAAUGUCAUGAAAAUGAUGUAUAUUAUAUUCCAGCUAAAAUUAUACAUAAUUGGGAUUUUGAAAUGUAUCCAGUAUCUAAACAUGCUAAACGAUUUUUACUUGAGAUAGAAACACAACCUUUACUUGAUUUGAAAACAUUAAAUCCUUCAAUUUAUUCCGUUAUAGAAGAAAUGUCACACUUGCAGAUGUUACGUACACAGUUGGGAUUUUUAAAAUCGUAUCUGUUUACUUGUCGGGAAUCUAUUGCCGAAGAACUCAGGCAGAAAAUAUGGCCCAGGGAGCAUCUGUACGAGCAUAUUCAUUUAUAUUCACUUGCAGAUUUGCUUCAAGUUCCCAAUAACAAAUUGGCAAAUACUUUGCAAAAAUUAAUAAGUUUUGCAAAGAAACACGUACUGAAUUGUCAGUUAUGUAAACUGAAAGGUUUCAUAUGUGAAAUUUGCAAUAAUCCAAAAGUUAUAUAUCCAUUUGAGAUUGACACAACAUACCAAUGUGAACACUGCUUGGCUGUCUAUCACAGUUUGUGCAUGAGUGUUUCGAAACCUUGUCCUAAGUGCGAACGUAAACAAAAAAGAUUUGCCGCCAAAGAUUUUACUUGGCUGGGAGAAGAUGGUGAUUAGACAUGACUAAUAAGUGACAAAGAAUAUUUUUCUUUAAAAAAAAAAAAAAAAUAUAUAA